GGUAGUCAGAUGGCGCCCAUUCGACGAAGCUCACGUCUUGCAGAGAGAUAUGAUGCAAUAGAAUCGAAGAAGAGAAGCUUGAAACGAUUGGAAGAACAAAUCAAAGCCGAAGAAGAACAGUUUUCGGAUAAGAUGAAACAACUAGAGGAUGAAAUCAAAAUUAAGGAACAAGUAAUUACGAUGUUCAAACGAAAAACGGUGCGUCGAGAAUGGAUGCGGAAUAGUAGACAAGCAACAACCAAUAUUAACAUCGCUCAAAUUGAGUCUUUGAAACUGCAAUUGGAAGAAGGGGAAAAAGAUAUAGCAGAAGCUGAAAAACAAGCGGAACCGACAACACCGCAACAAGAAGCUGAGUUGAGUGAGACGUUUAAGCAAAUGGUGCGGGAUCGCAUGAAAGUGAAGGAUGUCGACGAGAAAUUGCUUCAACAGUACAUGAAAAAGGAAAAUGUGGAAUUUGAGUGGAGAAGCUGCUUCAUUUGCACUAUGGAGUACAGCCGUACUGACAAGAACCUGCAUCCAAUUAUUCUUAAUUGUGGUCACAAUCUAUGUAGGAGCUGCAUCAACAAACUCACUGGCAACGGAAUCGUCAAGUGUCCAUUUGACCGUUUGGAUACGCGCGUCAGAGUGACUGGUCUUCCAAGAAAUUUGGCGCUUAUCAAUUUGUAAUCUGAAUUAUUUUUAUCCACUCUUCCUCAUGAUUUCUCAAAAACUUCAGUGAUAAAAUUCGAAUAAACCGCUAUAUUGAUCCAACGGAAUAAACAAUUCAAUUC